CAGUGGGCACAGAGUGCACAAACACAUGGGACAGACAGGAGGUGGAUUCACGGCGAAAGGUUAAAAGUAAAAUAUUAAUGGCCAUGCUUUGCACGGGGCCCGGGAGAAAGAGAAGACGUGAUAUAUGGACACAUUUUCGCUACAUUGAAGUGGAGAAAAAAACCUUAUGCUUGAUUUUAGUCGAAGAGAAGGAAUGUGGGCACAAGGUAGCUGGAAAAAACACAACAAACCUGAAGAGACACAUCGCAGUUCACCACAAAGACAUCGUGAAACCCUGGCAUACCACUCAUCCCCCCUUCCCCCACUGGGAAGAGCUGAUCACAACCUGGCUCAUCUUCUGCCUGUUUACAGACCUCUGGUGCAGAGAGAACCAGCAACCACCCGCACUGUGAAAAGAUGGUCUGAGGAGGCCGAGGAGGCCCUGAAAGACUGCUUCGAGACCACUGUGUGGGAGGUACUCAGCGAUUCCCAUGGGGAGGACAUUGACAGUAUGACAUCAUGCACUACGGAUUAUAUUAACUUCUGUGUGGUAAGCACCGUACCCACCAGGACUGUACGCUGCUUCUCCAACACCAAACCCUGGAUUACUCCAGAUUUAAAAGCUCUCCUGAAGGAGAAGCGGAGAGCUUUUAACUCUGGAAAUAAGGAGGAGCUGAAGGCCGUGCAGAAGGAGCUACGGAGAAACAUCAGGCGGGGAAAAGAAGGAUAUAAAAAGAAGAUGGAGGAACAGCUGCAGCAGAGCGACGUCAGUGGAGUCUGGAGUGGUCUGAAAACCAUCUCAGGACACAAACAGCCAGACUCCCAGGCCAGAGGCAACCAGCAGUGGGUGAAUGAUCUGAAUCUGUUCUUCAAUAGAUUUGAUCAGUCUGCCCCUCCCCUGCAGACCACGAGGGAAAAAUUUCACCAGUCUUGCCUUAGUCAAAUGUGCCCUCAAGACAACUUUGAGUUGUAUCAAGCUGUGCUGAGCACAAGGGGAGACAGCCAGGCUCUUCUCAGGAAACUGAGGCCGGUAGGGAGUGGUUCCUCUUCCUUCCUCUGAGCACUAUAUGCUGUCCUCCACUCUGAUGGUUGUACUUUCUACACCCUUCACAGCUCACACUGACCAGGGAUCAAAUUAGCAGUUCACACAGUCAUCAUUCAGCUUGACCAAACCCCACAACUUUUAAAGCCCUCCUGUUGAAUACACAUUCUGUGGAUAGAUGGUUGUACUUUUUAAGUGCAUUUCCUCAGCUUGAAGAAAGUAAGGGAUCAAAGAGCGGACAACUGAAUGUGGCUCUUUUCAGAUCAGGUAUUAACAUGGAUCUUAGGUGAUCUGAUCAUGAGCAGUUGUAUGCUUGUCUGUUCACACCUGGCAUUAGAAUGCAUCUUCACAAUACAACUAAACAUGUACAUCAUUUCCUUUUGCAAAGACCUAAUAUGUUGGGUGGCACUUUAUUUUAAAGUACGCUAAUUAGACGCUAAUUAGACGUAAUAAGCCGUAUUUUAUAUCAAAUUAGAAAAAACUACACCUAAUA